GGCCCGGCCGUGCGCGACCCACGCGGGGAGGCGAGGCAGCAUGGGCCGGUCCGGCGGCGGUGGGGCCGCGGCGGCUGCCAUGGACCCCGUGCGCAGCUUCGAGCGCUGGAAGAAGAAGUACACCCGGCGGACGAAGAGGCUGCGGCUGCAGCGCAAGGAGAGGAAGCGGCCCGAGUGGCAGGUGGAGCGGGAGAACAUCGGCCGCCUGGUGCAGCGCUACCCCGAGAUAAAUGCAAGUGAAAUCCAAAGAUUUUCAGAUUUUCCAUUGUCGAAGAAAACCCUUAAAGGACUGCAGGAAUCUCAGUAUCGUGUGGUAACAGAGAUACAGAGGCAGACCAUAGGUUUGGCUUUACAAGGGAAAGAUGUACUUGGAGCUGCAAAGACUGGAUCGGGCAAAACGUUGGCUUUUAUUGUUCCAGCUUUGGAGCUCCUCUAUCGACAGCAGUGGACAUCAGCUGAUGGCCUGGGGGUUUUGAUCAUCUCGCCUACCCGGGAGCUGGCCUACCAAACCUUCAAGGUUCUGCGUAAAGUGGGGAAGAACCAUGAGUUCUCAGCUGGUCUUAUCAUUGGAGGAAAGGAUCUGAAAGAAGAGUCUGAAAGAAUCCACCACAUAAAUAUGCUAAUUUGCACUCCAGGACGGCUUUUACAACACAUGGAUGAAACAUCAUAUUUCUAUGCAUCUGAUCUGCAAAUGUUGAUUCUUGAUGAAGCUGACAGAAUUCUAGACAUGGGGUUUGCUGAUACAAUGAAUGCAAUCAUAGAAAACCUACCUAAGAAACGCCAGACCUUGCUUUUUUCUGCAACACAAACAAAAUCUGUGAAGGAUCUUGCACGGCUGAGUCUGAAAGAUCCAGAAUAUGUUUGGGUUCAUGAGAAAGCCAAAUUCAGUACCCCAGCGACUUUGGAUCAGAACUAUGUUGUCUGUGAGCUUCAGCAGAAAGUAAACAUGUUAUACUCUUUCCUGAGAACUCAUUUGAAAAAGAAGAGCAUUGUGUUUUUUGCAAGCUGUAAAGAGGUUCAGUAUCUGUUCAGAGUGUUCUGUAAGCUUCAGCCUGGUCUUCCUGUCCUGGCACUCCAUGGCAAGCAGCAGCAGAUGAAGAGAAUGGAAGUCUACACUUGUUUUGUUCGGAAAAAGGCAGCAGUGCUUUUCGCUACAGAUAUCGCAGCUCGUGGCCUGGAUUUUCCAGCAGUGAAUUGGGUCAUUCAGUUUGAUUGUCCAGAAGAUGCAAACACAUAUAUCCACAGAGUGGGAAGAACAGCCAGGUACAAAGAAGGUGGUGAAGCUUUGUUAGUGUUGCUUCCUUCAGAAGAAAAAGGAAUGGUGGAACAGCUGGCACAGAGGAAAGUACCUAUCAGUGAAAUCAAAAUUAAUCCCGAAAAACUUACAGAUAUUCAAAAGAGGCUGCAAGCAUUUUUAGCUCAAGAUCAGGAGUUAAAAGAGAAAGCUCAAAGGUGUUUUGUAUCCUACUUGCGUUCAGUUUACUUAAUGAAGAACAAGGAAGUAUUUGAUGUUUUCAAAUUGCCUCUAGCAGAAUAUGCUCUGUCACUUGGUCUUGCAAUGGCACCUCGUGUGAGAUUCCUUCAAAGAGUUCAGAAGCAGCUGUGUGCAAACGAGGCAGCCAGUGGGACAGACCAAUUGGAGGAGACAGAGCAAAAUGAGAAUGCCCUCACCUUGGUAAAUGAGGAAACAGUGGAAAAAUGUGGAACUAAUUUCAGUGGAAAAACAUCUGUUAACAAAACAAAGGAAAAGCAGAGAAGAAAAGAAGCUGAGGAAUGUUCUGUUUCCAGUGGAAGUGCUGAGGAGAGUGGCGAGUCUGAGGAUGAGUCAAAAGAGGUGUCUGAGGAGGAGGAAAAAGAAGUUCAUGUACCUAACAAGGGACCAAACUCAGAGUCCAUGCAGUUCUUUGAGGAUGAUGAUGAUGACGAGGACGAUACUGAAGGUCUUGAUUUGCUGACAGUGAAACAACGGGAUGUUUUUGGUGUGGAAGCUAAAGAUAAUCCAGCACCGGUAAGUGUGCUUUAUAGUAAGGCUUGUGAAUCCUAACAAUUUUUUAUUGGACUUGCUCCAAGGAAGGAGGAGAGGAAAAGAGGAAAUUCUGCUGUUAGCAGAGUACUCGUUUGAAGUCAGACGUGUUGUGCAUAUGUAUCAGAGGCCAUAAAUACUCCCAAGGGAUCAGUGGUGUGACUGAACUUAUAUCAUUUUAUGCUGUUAGCACAGUUUUACCUGCAUAACGAAUAUCCUUGUACUCGCUUUGAUUGAUGAAUAAUGUGACUCGAAAACCUGGGAAAUUUUGACAGUUAUAAUUCUCAUCCCUUCCUAAUUUGCUUGUACCUCUCUAAAUAGCUGCCACUUUCAGUCAUAAUUUUGAUGCUGAACCACGGUUUAUAGCACUGGGAACUGAAUUGCAAAACACAAUGAGCCACUUCCCAACAGAAAUCAUAGCAGAAUGAUCUUUACAAGAAUGUAACCUUCAAACAAUGACUUUUACUUUCAACAGGACCAUUCCUAUUAGAAUUGAGCCAGUAUCAAAGAGAGAGAGGAAGUGCACAUGCUUCUUGUGAG